GAGUCUCACACUGCGUGCGAAGCGGAUCGCUCUGCGGUUACGGUCGCGCGAGUGUUCGGAGUAAACAAAUACGCGUUUAGAUAUUAAAAUAAAUAAACAGUAAAAUUAUAGUGAUGUCGAAGGACAGUUCGCGGUUGAGUCGCCUGGGCGUGCUUGCGCCGGCGGCGCUGUCGGCGUGCAUGGACGCUUCGGUACUGGCGGUGCCUGCUGCUGGGGCCAUCGUCUCCACAGUCCUCAAAGAGCUCAGCAAAGCCUUCAUGCUGAAGAAGUGGUUCCAUGGCAUGAUGUCGACGAAGGAGGCGGAGCACCUGAUGAUGGCUAAGGGCAAGAACGGUUCGUUCCUGGUGCGGGAGUCGCAGGCGCGGCCCGGCGAGCUCGUGCUUUCAGUGCGCGUGCGCGGACGCGUCUCUCACGUCAUGAUCCGCAGACAGCACGAUAAAUACGACGUGGGAAGCGGCGAGCAGUUCGACGACCUGGUGGGGCUCAUCGAGCACUUCAGGUCGUACCCCAUGGUGGAGACAUCGGGAGAUGUGCUGCGACUGCUGCAGCCGCUGAGCGGCACGCGGCUCCGGGCCCAGGACAUCGACAAGAAGGUUCAGGAAAUGCAGGACAUGGAAUGCAAAGUGGACAACAAGUGCGGUUUCGACGGCGAAUUCCAAGCGCUGAAGAUGUUGGACGAGCGUCUGUCCUUCAACACUGACGAAGGGAUGAAGCCAGAGAACGUUAGCAAGAACAGAUACAGGAAUAUCCUCCCUUACGAUCAGACCCGGGUGGUGUUGCGCAGGCGCGGCGAGCGGCCGGAAUCGGACUAUAUCAAUGCCAACUACAUCCGCUGCUGCCGGCUAAGUGACUCCUCCUCGUCCAUGCAGUCAUCAAAUGAAAGCCUCGACAGUGUACAAUCCCUCAUCCUCCGCGGCGACGGCUCCAAGAAGUCAGCACCGCUCGUGUCCAAGUCAUUGUCGGAUGAUGCUCUCCAGGAGGUCAAGAACUGCAUCAAGUUGGACAAGCUUAAUGGGAACCUUGGUCGGGAUAUUGUAAAGGACAAGUUAUACAUCGCGACACAGGGCUGCCUGCCCAACACCAUAGGUGACUUCUGGAGGAUGGUGUGGCAGGAGGAUGUCAGAGUCAUUGCCAUGAUCACCAACGAGGUUGAGAAGGGGAAGAAGAAGUGCGAGCGCUACUGGCCUCUGCAAGGUCACGAGGUGAGACACGGGGGUCUGAAUGUGAAGGCAAUCUGUGAGACCAGCCACGAGGAUUACUUGGUGCGCGAGCUGGACGUCAGCGACGACUCCACCUGCCGCACCAUCUAUCAGUACCAGUUCAUGACUUGGCCGGACCACGGCACACCGGAGGAAUCAGACGGCGUCCUGGAUUUCAUAGAUGACAUCAACACAAGAAUGUUUCAAAUCACACAGAGCAAAAAUCCUCCCGAACAGAACGUACUGUGCGUACAUUGUUCGGCGGGCGUCGGUCGGACAGGCACGUUCAUCGCUUUGGAUAUGCUUGUUGAUAAGAUAAAAUUUUCCGGCUUCAACUGUGACAUAGAUGUCCACAACACUGUCAAGUUGAUACGAGCCCAGAGAAGCGCCAUGGUGCAGAACCGGGCCCAAUACCGGUUCAUAUACCUCGCGCUCCAGGACUACAUUGAAAACAAGAACCUAAUACAAAGGAGGAAGGUGUAUACUUGACGCGUACAAGUGAACCGAAGAUGUCAGUUAGCAUAGGAUUAUGGACCCGAGCCUCUUGUUAAGUUGGAUUUUAAUAUCUAAGUAAUUGUGAUAGUUCAGUGAGACAUUCCUCAAGAUAAAACGCUGAAGAUUUAAUAUUUAUCAGUAAACUAUCAACUUAUUGCAUGUGAAUCAUAAUACUAGUAAUCUUAUUAAAAAAUAUAAUUUUUA